AUGUCGAAUUUUCGAAUCUGCCAUGAUUUCGAUGGCGGCAUUGCUGAUACCCCAGUGGCUGCAAUACGUUACUCAGGCCCGAAACGAACCGACACACUAUUCCAUCUGCGUAAACACAACUCAGUGGAUGAAGCUAUCAAGGAGUUGCGAAAAGCACCACUAAGCAGUGGUACCACACGAACCGGCGAAGCGAUCCGUUAUGCUGUUGGGGAAUUCCGUGAGAAGUAUGGCGCACGCGAAAAUGCCAAAAAAAUGUUAAUCGUUUUCACGGAUGGUUAUUCACAGGACGAUCCAAGCGACGCAGCACGAGAAGCUCGCAGCAGUGGUAUUGAGGUGAAAGCAGUGGCUGUGGAGGACGAAGAUGUGCCACCUGACACGGAACAAAUUAUCGCGAUCACUGGAGAUCCAAAAGUAUUCUUGUAUCUUACUUAUCUAAUAAUUAGCCCUUGCCAAACAACUAUAAUUUAUGGAAAAUCAACCAUCCCUUAA